AUUGCAGGCUCUAUGAACCGGCGCAAGGACUAAGCACGCCUCAUAAUGAGGCAGUUACCUCCUAUCUGCUCGGAGCAAUAACUGCAAGCCUCGAUUUACACUAUAUUGAUAAAGACGACAUUGUGUCCGCCUGUAAGACGUAUUACGAGACGGUACGCAGGAGCUUCAGAUAUACGCAGCCAGAGAACUCAAUGCGGGCGGAAGCUGCCAAGAAUUCAGCUCGGAGUCGAGCGAGAAGAAAGAGGCUGCAGGAAUCGAGGCAGAGCGUGCUAGCUGAUGAGGAAGUGGAACUCUGGAUGUCCGCCACCGUCGACCUCAUGUCUGACGAGGAAGAUGGCGUCGUUGGCGGGGUCUCUGGAUGGAUUGUACCGCCGUCAUUUCGUAGGCCGGAUCUCUCUGAACUCUGUGUGAAGCUGCAGUCCCGGUUAGAGGCGACGCCGAAGUACAAAGCCACGCACAGCAGGCGCGGCAGUGUUGCGUUCACAUAG